AUGCAUACUCGCUUCGCACCGUCUCCUGCCCGCAACGAUUCCGCCGUCGGGAAAGUAAGCCCAUCGACUCGUCGACAAUCGGUCUCCAGGGAUAGGACGAAGCGUUAUGGCAUGUUAUUAGGCGUCGGGGCGGUCGCUGAAUUGCAAAAUAUGUUAAUGGCAGAUACUCGGGAGGCGGGUAGGGCACCGAAUGUUAUACUAGUAACACCCCCUACCCCGCGUCUUGUACCUCGUGGCGAAGACGAUAGCGACGUUCCCGAGCUGGAUUCUGCAACCUCGGGGACUGUAUCCGACGAUGACCAGAGCCUGCUGGACGAGGCUCCUCCAUUGCCGCCGAAGGAUGGUGCAUACAGGACUUGCACUCCCGCCGAGCACAUCGUCAAUUGCUACCGUGCAGGCAUGAGCCCGGAGGAUAUUCAAGACUACGCAGUCAAGACUGAGCAGCAAGUUGGCAACGACAUCGACCUCUUCGGUGACUCCUUCGACAGCAUGUCUAUCUCCUCCGUUGACUCUGGAAUCGCAUUGUCCCCCGACGAGGACUGUUUUGCUCGGAUCAGGAUUGUAGACACGGCCGGCCUCAGUGAAGCUCGAAAUGAAGCCUACAGUCUUUUGAAACAGAGCGGCUUGAAUGAGGACAGUGCUAUCGCCUGUCCCCGAGCGGAUUGCCGCAACGUGGUCCAAGACGUCAAGGCUCUCAUUGCUCAUAUGCAUAUCCACAAUCUCCAUGACCUGUAA